CAGCUCAUCUGCGUACCGUUCGGGACAUGUGAGCCAUGUCCCGAGAGUGCCUUACACCAGCCAUUCUGCCAGCCGUUUGGGAAUCGCAGGCUUAUGCAUUGCAUCUCCGCACCGUCUUCGUCCCCGAACUCAAACGCACAUCCUCCACAACAAGACUCGCGCCCGCCGUCAUACUCGCAGCAUGAUUCGACUCAACCACCACCACCUCUGCAUGACCAUGCUCCAUUCGACGCCCAUCGUGGAGGAGAGACCCCAGCGUGGGAGUCUUGCGGACGCAUUGUGCCGAAGGAGCGAGGCGACUUUUACGAGUUCUUGGCUUGCAACUUGGGCAUUGCCCUCGUGGCUAUAGGAGCAGUGUUCGUGCGUUCGAAAAGGCUUCAAGCUAUGCACGCAAGGCAGCUGGCUGUGAGGAUUGGCCUUGUGAGGCCGACUCCUGGAGGAUGGGGUGAGGGGUGA